CCUGCACGGCGGCGCUCGGCAGCAUCAUCCGCGGCUGCGGGGCUGACACACGCCUCCAUCCUCCUCUCUCCCGGCAGCCGCUCACACGCGCCUCGCCGCGGGCGGAGCGGAGCGAGGGGCGCCGCGGCAGACAAAGCAAAGAUGGCAGGGAUCCUCGCCUGGUUCUGGAACGAGCGGUUCUGGCUGCCGCACAACGUCACCUGGGCGGACCUGCAGAGCACGGAGGAAGCCGCCUUCCCGCAGGCGGAGGACCUCUACCUCGCCUUCCCCCUGGCCUUCUGCAUCUUCAUGAUCCGGCUGCUCUUCGAAAGGUUCAUUGCUAAACCAUGUGCCUUAGGCCUUAAAGUCCAAGCCAAUGGACCACAGAAAGCUCAGCCUAAUGCUAUCUUGGAGAAGGUUUUCACAGCUAUUACAAAGCAUCCAGAUGAGAAGAGGCUGGAAGGGCUCUCCAAGCAGCUGGACUGGGAUGUGCGCAGCAUUCAACGUUGGUUUCGACAAAGGCGCAACCAGGAAAAGCCCAGCACCCUUAGGAAGUUCUGUGAGAGCAUGUGGAGAUUUACAUUUUACCUUUAUAUAUUUACCUAUGGAGUUCGGUUCCUGAAAAAGACACCCUGGCUCUGGAAUACCAGGCAGUGCUGGAGCGGGUAUCCAUAUCAGCCCCUGAUGCCUGACCUCCAUUACUACUACAUAGUUGAGUUGUCAUUCUACUGGUCCUUAAUGUUUUCUCAAUUCAUUGACGUCAAAAGAAAGGACUUUGGAAUCAUGUUUACACAUCACAUUGUAACAGUCACCCUGAUUACCUUCUCAUACGUAACCAAUCUGACACGAGUGGGAACCUUGAUCUUGUGUCUCCAUGAUGCAGCUGAUAUUGUCCUAGAGGCUGCCAAAAUGGCAAACUAUUGCAAGUGUCAAAAACUGAGUGACCUUCUGUUCCUUACAUUUGCCGUUGUCUUCAUUGUCAGUAGGCUUGGCAUAUAUCCCUUAUGGAUAUUAAAUACAACAUUGUUUGAACUGUAUGAAGCUCUGGGCAAUUUUCCUGCCUUGUGGGUCUUCAAUGUCCUGCUUAUGGUUCUUCAAAUUCUGCACUGUUUUUGGUCUUACCUAAUCAUAAAGGCAGCCUACAAAGCUAUUUCAAAGGGCAAGGUAGCAAAGGAUGCCCGGAGUGACGUUGAGUCAAGCUCAGAUGAGGAAGAAACAGUACCUCGCUCAAAGGCCCCGCACAGCACGGUCACCACCAACGGCACCAGCGGUGCCAAUGGGACAAACGGGUAUCUUACUGGUGCCACCUCCUCAGAGGAGCAUUAAUCCUUCAGUCCUAUCAUGAGACACCGACAGAAUGAACUGUUUGCUACUGGAAGUAAAUUAUAAGUUGUGAAUGCAGUUUAUUCAUGUAUUUCAGCAUCAGAAAAAAAUUAGGAGUAUCAAAGCAUUCUGAUAGCGCACUGCCAUAUUUCCUGUUUGUGAAUGAAGACAGCACACCAUUCUGUAUACGUAGGCAUGCUGUAUGUGUAUGUAACUGACACAAUGGGAGCAGUAUUUUCACUUGUACUGUCUGAAAUACUAUUCAUUUUUUAUUCUUUUGGGAACUUCUGGACAAAAGGGAAUAUCCAUUCUCAAACUUUGUGUCUUGGAUUCUUGGUAACGGAGAGCAUCAUGCUCAGAUCUCUUCUGUCCAUCCCUGUUGGUUUUGCUGAAUCUGCUAUAAGUAAUAGUUGCUUGAUUUGUUACUUACAGUAAGAUAGAACAUAGCUUUAUAGAUUUUAGAUCUGCUUCAGAUAUUUUUGCUAUCUUUGUGUUUUAAAGUACUGGUUUUGAAAUUGCCUAUCAAAUCACAGUUACUGUUCUUCCAACAUAAUUUGGGCGGGGGGAAAAAGUGGUAAUUGUGGGAUAUUAUUUUAGUGUAAUUUAAAAUUCAAUUAGAUGGUUAAUUGCAUUAGAAGUAGACUUGAUUUGUUGUGCAAAUACCCAAAAGCGUUGAUGUCAGCACUUCUGAUAAAUUCAUUAUUACUUUUUUUUUUUUGACCUUUCAAUUUUUGACCUCUACAGAUUUUAGCUUUUUGCAGAGAUUCCAUGUAAAAAGGUGUUUCUUCAAAUGCACCAUUCUGAAUCCAGACUUAACUCCUGAAAUUGUUCUUGCACGUUCACCUGUUUGAGAGCAGGGGUGUAAUGGAAAAAACAGCAGAUGAAAAGUUCAUUUCUUCCUCAGACUCAGCUCAGUCUAGGUAUUGUUCUCAAAAUUAUUGCCACUUCCUUGGGAGGGUGAAGAGAGAGAAGGCAGAAUGUCAUACAUAACUAAAAUUAGUUUAUUUUACAUGUGUGAGAACUUGAGCAAAAUUCACUUAGCAUAAUUCACAGCAGCCUUUGAAUGCUCAGCAGUAUUUCAUCACCUCUACAAAUAAACUUAGGGGGUAUUUGUAAAAUAAUUUUGCAUUCCUUUUUCAUCCAAGAUUUACAAAUAAUGUCCCAAAGAAAACAUAAUAACACCCUAAGUAAACAUCUUUUUAAACAUUAUAUACAUACUUCUUCCAGUCUCUAGAUCAAAGUUUGAUGUAGGAUGCUGAGGAUCAUACAGCUCUUGCAGGACACUCUUCUGUGAUUUGUGACAGCAGUGCCAAAAGUAGGCAGGGUUCUUGGGUAACAGACUCUAUGCAACCUACUGUUCAACAGUAUUGUGUGUGCACACAGAACCAAUGUGCUUGUAGACCAAAGACUUACACACACACACACACACACACACACACACACAUAUAUAAGUUAAAAAAAAUAAAGGAAGGAAAAAAACAGGAAAAAAUCUCAAGCAUGUCUUCUGUAUACAGAGGGAUUGGAGUGCUGUGUUCAGCUGGAAACCUGAGCCAUGAGGCCAUUUCUGAUUCCUUCCACCUAUGCAAAUAGUAAAAUAUAGAUGGUUUCUGAUGCCAUAAAACAUGUUUAAAGACUAUUUUAUAUAGACUUCAUUGAAGAAAGUUGUGUUGUCACUACUUUCUUUUGAAAACUGAGAUUUGUCCUAUUCUACUGGUCACUCUUGGAAACUUCUAAAACUUUUAUUAUCCAUAGAAACUCCUGUGUGUUAGGAAAAAGGAGGUGUGCUAAAAGCAAGGUUGCAAUGGCUUGAAUGGAAAUAGUACCUCAACUUAGUAAAGAAUAAAGGUAAGAAAACUCAGAAAAUUGUAAAUCACAAAAGAUCUGUCAGUUCUAUUACCCACAGAGCAUCUUUUGAAAAGGCCAGAUAAACUUUUAAUCCAGCAGCUGCAUAGCUUAUAUUUCCAUGAGUAUAUCUGAGGGAGCAAGGGAGCCUUACUUUAAAUCUCCUUCUCCCCAGAAAGUUUCUCUGCCUCAGAUUUUUUUAAUCUGUCUCCUGUGCAUUUGAUUUCAUACAGUUUUCUGCAGGGCAGUUUGUACAUGUGAAAAUGCACUGAUUGCAAUGGAAAGUAUCCUAUCCAUGGUGUUUGCAGCUGUGUAGUAAUUACUGUAAAGAUGAUUCCAAGAUUUUAAAAUAAAACCAUCCUGGCAUCAAUUAAAUUAAGAUUUCAAUUUGUGAAAUCUGACCUGCUAAAAUGGCAGUGGAGAAUAUCAGAUUAAACACACCUCUUUCAUGGUGUUGAGUACUGCCUCUACUGAACCAUUUCCCUUCUGCAAAAAUGGUUACAAAAAUGGCAUUCUGGCAAAAUAUUUUGUCUCAUAUGAGAACAGAAUGUUGCUCUGAACUGUCAACAUGCACAACAUAGACCACAUGCUACAGUGUUGGUGAUACCAGGGCAUAGAGCAGUCCCCAACAACAAUCCCUGUGCCAGAGGCCUUUAGUCCCUGUUGGUCCUCUUCAGCAAUGCUCUGUAAUGUUCAUUCAGAUGUAGAGACAAGGCUACAACCCUUGAGAUGAUUUACCAUCACUACAUAUGCUGUUAGGGUAUCACAGAAUCAUAGAAUGGUAAGGGUUAGAGAGGGGACCUUGGAGAUCAUCUAGUCCCAACCCCCUGCUGUGAGCAGGGACACUUGACACGAGAGCAGGCUGCUUGACCUUAUAAAACCUGGCCUUGAACAGUGCCAGGGCUGGGGCAUCCUCAGCUUCCCUGGGCAAGUUCAGUAUUUUAUCACCCCUGAAGUAAAGAAUUUCGUUCUAAUAGCUAACCUAAACUUUUCUCCUUUUUGCUCCAAUCCUCUUAUCAACUUCAUGGGCUUUCUCUGGAUGUGCUCCAACAGUUCUGUGUCCUUCUUAUGUUGAGGACACCAGAGCUGGCUGCAGUACUCUGGGUGGAGUCUCACAAGAGCAAAGGGACAGAAUCCCCUCCCCUGCCCUGCUGCCCACACUCCUCUGGAUGCAGCCCAGGAUACAUUUGGCUUUCUGGGCUGUGGGUGCAGACUGACGGCUCAUGUUGAGUUUUUCACCAACCAUCACCCCCAGGUCUCUCCACAGGGUGGUUCUCAAUCACUUCUCCACACAGCCUGUAAGAGUGCCUGGGAUUGCCACAGCCCAGGAGUAGGACUUUGCACUUGGCUUGCUGGAACUUCAUGAGGUUUCCAUCGGCCUCCCUCUCAAGCCUGCCAAGGUCCCUUGAUCCCCACUGUUAAAUGGUGCAUCUGGGAUUGAAUCUCCUCCCUUGAGGUUUAAAUUCAGUUGCAUCUGUGGUAUGGUAAAGCAGGUGUGCAGUUAGCUUGGUUCAGCUAACACCCAGUCAUACUUAGCCCCUGUAAUCCCGGGUUUUAGGAGUCUGUUCUUAGCAGUCUAGGAUAAACUUCAUACAGAUAUGUCUGGAAGGUAAGUGAGGUAAGAGAUUCAAAUGACACAUUUGGGGGAAUAGGGUAAGAGGAAGCCUUAAGAACUUCACCAACCUUUGCUAAACAAUGACUGAUCUUUCAAGCUAGAGGUUUAUUAUAAAAAUUAUGAAUUCACACUUUUUUCUGUCUCUAGUGGGAAGGAGCAAGCGAUUUAGUGAUCAGACAUGGCAGUGUGCUUUAAAUCAUUGUUUCAACGAAUGGGUGCGAAAACAUUGGCUUCAUCUUCCACUCUGCAGAGAAAAUGCCAUGCAAUUAUUUCCUUUUUCAUUUGAAUUUGAUUGCUUUUCUGAUUAAGAGCUUUGCAAGGUGCAUUUGGAGGUCAUCGAGUAUUUAGAGGUUGAUUGCACAUAUUUUAGAAGAUUGACUGAAAUUAUUCACAUGGAUCAUGGUAAAUGUGAGACCUUAAAAGGUUCUGUAUAUUCACACCUUUUGUAGAAUUGUAAUUUAGUAAUUCUAGAAAUGGGAGUUUGUACUCUAGAACCUCUCUGUCCUUGAGUUCUAUGCUCCUUGUGUAUAGUACAGUACAUGACACAGUGGUUGAGAUGUUAAAGUAGAAAAACGAGGAAAUUAGAGUUUAUUAGUAAAUAGAAAGAAUUUGUCUUCUCUCCUAGACAGCCCAGAUUACAGUAAAAUAAGAUUCAGGUUACCCUUUGUGUGGUGUUUCCCAUGUUGGCAUAUUUUGUAUCAAAAGAAAAAUACAUGAUGGGUUGGUGGUUUUGUUUGGUUGUUUUUCAUAAAGAACAACAUUGCAGAAAAUGGUAAAAAUACCUGAUCAAACAACAAGGGUGGACAUUGGAGUCUUUCGGGUCUUGAUCAAUGCUAAGUAGUGCUAGUUUUAAAAUACCAAAGUGCCCCAUGCUGUUUCCUUGUUGCCCUUUUGUAGUUUUUUCUAUCUGUUAUUUAUUUAAUGAUUCCAGCAGAAUUGGUACAGGUGUCUCAGCUUCAUAUCUCCUGCCUCAGCCUGUGACCAUUCUGUGACCGUGUGAUUGCCAAUGCCAAAUGCUUUUUCUGAGACCAAGUACAUGCACUAAAGCUUUGCUUACAGUGAAGUGAUUCUUGUCUUAAAUCUGUAUCUGAUUCAGGUGAAAAUCACUUCCUGGCUCUGAACAGGACAUGAGGGUGAAAGCUGUGACCCUGCAGCACACGCCCCUGCUGAUUACUGCUAGUUGAUUGAGGCACUCCCUGUUUUGCUCCAGUGGGAAGCCUAAUGCCCAUUUCAUUCAUUUCCUCAUUACCACAGCCUUCUGGAUCUCAGAGAAAUAUGGGCUACCAUUGGUUUUAUACAGCUGAUGCUUUGGUAUUUUCUUAAUCUCUUUGCUACAACUCAUUUUUGUACGUCUCCUAUUGUCUACUUCCUGUGACAUUUGUGGGAGAGAAGUAUUAAAUACUUUUUACCCUUCCUGUAAUGUAAGACCCUCUUAGGCCUAACUUCAGUGUUCUGCAAACUACAGUUGCCUUUAAAUCAUGAAGCAAAACCAGUUUGUAUUACUUGUUUUGACUGGUUUUGAUUUGGAACAGAGACCUACAGUAAGAUAACGUUAUUCUUUUUUUCCCUUUUCUUUUAAAAAGCUCUAGUAGAGGUUUGGAAAAGUGGUGUACAUGUACGGCCUUCACACUGUCAAGAUUUCUGAUUGUAGUUGCAAUGAAAACACAGUGUUUGAGUGUGUCUCUACAGACUUCUCAAUAUUUGAAAUUGCUUUCAAUUAAAAAACUGAAGGAAAUACCAUGAAAGGAUGUUUUGGAGUCAUGUCAAUGAUCACAUGUGUCAAACAAAAGGCAAAAAAUAUUGUCUUAGAUGACUUAAGAUGGGUGCAACAAAACACAUUUUCUGGCUUCUGCUGAGCUUCAGCUUUUUGCUGUUCUUGUUUACACAAGCUCUCAUACCAUACUGAGCAUGUUGACUGCUGCAAGUCAGGGUGAGGCAGAUGACACAUUUUCACCUGUGUUUUCAUGGCAAUCCUGUGCUUGAGCAACUCUUUCAGAAAUGUGGUGAUGUGUAGGAACUCCACUGUUCUGGAUACAGUGAUGCACUAGCUAGAAGUCCUUUCAUGUAUAGCUAUGGUGUGGAACUUUGGGAGUUAUUUUGUCUUUUAUUUGACUGGGUUUGGGUUUUUUUUCUAAUACGGAGAAUAAUUAUUCCUCAUAAAAUCUCUGGAACCAACCAGUAUUGUGGGCUAUUUUAAUUUGGAGACAGUUUCAUAAUAAACAUAAGUAUUAGAAAUGUA